UGUAAGCUUUCGGUGAAAUUUGACAAUCAAAAGAAGAAGAAGAAACCUUCGAACCCUUUUGACCCAAAAUUCAAACGUCCAUUUAACCCACCAAAAGAAACCCCUUCCUUUCCAAAUUCCACUACCAAAAAGAACCCUACCUCGUUUGAUCUUUCACAAAAAGAAAAAGGAAAAGCCAAAACCGGAGACUUAAGUGACAUUGUUUGUUUCAAAUGUCACGGAAGAGGACACUACAAGAGAGAUUGUCCUAAUGCAAGAGCUUUAACCAUACGAGAGCUUAAGAAUAUGAUGGCACAACCUUUUGUCCUUGAAGAAGAGAAGGAGGACGAAAAUGGUAGUGAAAAUGUACCUUUAGAGUCUUAUGAUUCUAAUGAGGAGGAGGAGCAAGUUGAUGACUGUUUUCCCGAAAAAAAUAGUCUAGUAAUGAGGAGAGCCCUCCAAAUGCACGUGGAGGUUGAGAAAACCCCAAUUCAAAGAGAGAAUGUCUUCUUAACCAAAUGCAAGGUUAAUGAAGAUGUGUGUGACUUGAUUGUUGAUAGUGGCAGUGAAGCUAAUGUUGUGUCAAGUGAUCUUGUUACGAAACUUGACUUGGAGACUACUAGACAUCCUACUCCUUACAAGUUGAGUUGGCUUGAUAAGAGCAAGAGUACGGGGGUUAGAAAACAAUGUCUAGUAAAAUUUCAGAUUGGUUCGUAUGUGGAUGAAAUUUUAUGUGAUGUCAUUCCCAUGGAUGCUUGUCACAUUUUGUUAGGGAGGCCAUGGCAAAGUGACAAAAAAUCAGUACAUGAUGGCCUAUCAAACACCUACACCAUUACUCACCAAGGCAGCAAGAAAGUGUUGCACCCCUUACCACCACAAAAAAGCCUUUCCCAAACACAAUCCCCACCACCACAAAAAGAACCCAAAAGAAAGGACAUUUUGUUGCUUUCCUUAAAAGAAUUCGAAAACUCUUUGGAGAAGGAAGAUGAAGUGUUCUUAUUGUUUUCUAAAGAGGAACACGAAGGUUUUGUCCAACAAAACCCUAGGCUAGCCGCAUUGAUCAAGGAGUAUGAAGAUGUUUUUCCUAAUGAAUUACCACAAGGGUUGCCUCCUAUUCGUGGUAUAGAGCAUCAAAUAGAUUUGAUUCCGGGAGCCCCCCUUCCAAAUAAACCCCCUUAUAGAUGCAAUCCCAUGGAAACUAAGGAAUUACAAAGACAAAUUGAGGAGUUGAUUCAAAUGGGUUACGUGAGAGAAUCCAUGAGUCCUUGUGCCGUUCCAGCUUUGUUAGUGCCAAAAAAGGAUGGAACAUGGAGGAUGUGUAUUGAUAGUAGGGCGGUGAAUAACAUAACCAUUAAGUAUAGGUUUCCUAUUCCUAGACUUGAUGAUAUGUUAGAUGAGUUGAGUGGAGCUCAAGUGUUUUCCAAGAUAGAUUUGAGGAGUGGAUAUCACCAAAUUAGAAUGAGGGAAGGUGAUGAGUGGAAAACAGCCUUUAAAACUAAGCAUGGUUUGUAUGAGUGGCUUGUUAUGCCAUUUGGAUUAACAAAUGCUCCAAGCACCUUCAUGAGACUUAUGAACGAAAUGUUGAGGCCUUUCCUUGGUUAUAUUAUUUCAGGUGAAGGAAUUAAAGUUGAUCCAAGCAAAGUGGAAGCCAUUUCUUCAUGGCCAAUUCCAAAAAAUGGGCAAAAGAAGUUGAAUGCAAGGCAUGCUAAGUGGGUGGAAUUCCUACAAUCUUUCAACUUUGCAACCAAGUACAAGAAGGGCAAAACCAAUAUUGUGGCAGAUGCAUUAUCAAGAAGGCAUAAUCUUCUUGGAAUCAUGGAAACUAAAAUUCUUGGUUUCGAGGUCAUGAAGGAAUCAUACAAAGAUGAUCUUGAACUCAAGGAAAUCAUGGAGUCUUGCAAAAAUGGAGUCCACGGUUCAUUUGUCAUAGUAGAUGGUUUCCUUUUCAAAGGGAACAAACUUUGUGUUCCUAAAGGUGCAAUUCGAGAGUUGUUGAUCAAGGAAGCUCAUGGAGGAGGACUUGCUGGUCAUAUGGGUAUACAAAAGACCCUAGAAAUCUUACAAAGUCAUUUUUAUUGGCCAAAAAUGUUAGCUAAUGUGCACCAAGUUUUGGCUAGGUGUUCUAUUUGUCAAAGAGCCAAAAUGACGUUUCAUAAGGGAGAGUAUAAGCCUUUACCCAUUCUCGAAAGACCUUGGGAAGAUUUGAUGAAUAAGGGAGGUAAAGAUUGGGACUUGAAGUUAGCUCAUGCAGAGUUUGCCUACAAUAGAACUCCAAGCAAAACUACAAAGUAUUCACCUUUUGAAGUUGUGUAUGGUGUGAAUCCUUAUGUGCCGAUUGAUUACAUUUCUCUUCCUAAAGAUAAGUUCGUGCAUGGGACAGCCAAGGAGCAUAUCGAAUUCAUGAUUGAUGUCCAUAAAGAAGUUAGGAAGAACAUAGAAAAGGCAAAUGAGUCAUACAAGAAGCAAGCUAACAAAAACUUGAGAAAUAUGAAGAAGUUCGAAGUGGGUGAUCUUGUGUGGAUAUUCUUGCGCAAAGAAAGGUUUCCUAAACAAAGGAAACACAAAUUGAUGCCUAGGGCAGAAGGGCCUUUUCAAAUCAUGGAAAAGAAAGUUGACCUUGGAGGGCAAUUCGGAGUUUCAUCAACUUUCAACGUGGGUGACUUGGCUCCUUAUCUAGAAGAUGAUGAGUUGAGGGAAACUCCUUUCGAAGAAGGGGAGGAUGAUGCAAAUCAUGACGAGUCCAUUAGUCCAAACAAGCAUGAUCAUCCUACAAGUCCAAUUCACAAAGAAAUCAUUCUUGCUAAGUCAUUUGAAGAUCAAGUGUUAGAUACUUUUUGUGCGCAUGGACCGUUUCUUGCUAACCAAGGGUUUACUUGUUUACAUUCUGGUUAUGAAUAUUAG